AUGUGGCCCUUCUCCUCUACGCCCAAAGAACAGCCAGCACCGCCUCCAGCACCGAAACCCGCGCUUACGGUGCCGGAGGGCUCGACUAUUAAUCCGCUUGACGGGUCUAUUGUACCAGUGCAACGGCCGAGGCCGUCUUAUGCCGUUGAGACUACCGGGAGUACGAUAGGUGACUUGCAAGAGGCUACUAAGAGGCUUUCGGUUAACGACUUUCAACAUAUUGGGGAGAUUCCGUGCGCGAGGAAUAGUCUGCUUGCUGGAAUCGCGAGUGGCGCGGGUAUGGGCGUUAUUCGAGGGAUGACCGCAGGAGUGUUUGUGGCCAGCAACUGGGCCGUAGGCUGUUUCAUGCUCGUCUCUCUCGGAUCAUGGCACAUUUGCCAACGGAAGAUCGAGAACGAGAAGCGCAAGAUGCAGACGAUCAUUGAGAGUAUGCCCGCAAGAAGGGCUGUCAAGCACGAAGACGACGGGAAACCUGCAUGA